UGUUAUUUACCUUGUGCUUGUUGAAGAAAAAAAUUAUCAAAAUUCUGUCCUCACUGUGGCCCGCUCCAGACCAACUUGUUGGUAAAUUGGAGCCUAAACUCAAAACACAUUCCCCUUCAAAAUUCAAAAUUACAUUGGUGCGUAACGACGAUAGUUGCUCGCCACCGGCAACACCACCACCACCAGCAUCCCUAGCAUCAUCGCAACCAACACCUCCACAAUCGGGUCACCAUAAUAUACAAAGCUUGCCAUUUCAAAGUAACAACAAUAUGGUUGAGACCACCACCCCACCCACGGGUAUAACCAUAAAACGUUGCCCCUCCUCUAGUCCGCUGAGUGAACAUCAUCAUCAUCAUCAUAAUCACACAUCCCAAACAGUUGGGCAACCAACAACUCAACUCCAUCAUCAUCAGUCACAGCCCACAACACAUUUCCCUUUGCAUCAUUUACAGCAACAACAUUUGCAACGUCACAAUCAGGCCGGCAAUAACACACGAUCACCACCCACAACACCCAAUGCUGCCUAUCUAACCACUGCCAUGCUAUUGAAUUCCCAACAAUGCGGUUACUUGGGUCAACGUUUGCAAUCGGUCUUCCAGCAACAGCAGCAGCAGCAUCAGACACAAUCCCAAACACCCUCCUCGGAUGAUGGUUCACAAUCGGGCACCACAGUGAUCCUGGAUGAUGAACGUUUGCCCAGAGAUGCCACCACCACGGUGGGGUCGGCUGCUGCGGCAGCCUCGAUCUUUAGCAUCGAUAGUAUUUUGGGGUCAAGGUCGGUGAAUGCAAAUCAUGGCAAUAACUCGGCUAAUAAUAACAAUAGCAGCAGCAAUAAUCACAGCAACAACACCACCAACUCCAAUAUCAACAAACGUUCCGACUCACCCACCUCACCAAGUUCCAAUUCCAGCUCGGCGGCCUCAAGUCCCUUGAGGCCUCAACGAGUACCCGCCAUGCUGCAACAUCCUGGCUUACAUUUGGGUCAUUUGGCAGCGGCGGCGGCUUCGGGCUUUGCUGCCUCACCUUCAGAUUUUUUGGUUGCCUACCCCAAUUUCUAUCCCAACUACAUGCAUGCGGCUGCAGUUGCCCAUGUAGCAGCGGCUCAAAUGCAGGCUCAUGUUACGGGCCACAGUACGGGUCUGGGCCAUAAUCAUCAUUCGGCGGCACAUCAUUUACACCAUGGCCCCCAUGGGGGACCACAUGGUCAUCACCAUCACCAUCAUUUGGCGGGUCAUUUGGGUCAUGGACCACCACCUAAGAGAAAGCGUCGUCAUCGUACAAUUUUCACCGAAGAACAAUUGGAACAAUUGGAGGCGACUUUCGAAAAAACCCACUAUCCCGAUGUAGUGCUGAGGGAACAAUUGGCCUUAAAGGUGGAUUUGAAAGAAGAAAGGGUGGAGGUUUGGUUUAAAAAUCGUCGUGCAAAAUGGCGUAAACAAAAGCGUGAAGAACAAGAACGCCUACGAAAACUCCAAGAAGAACAAUGUACUGGUGGCGGUGGUGGGGGUGGCGGACCUCCAACAAUGGCCACCAAUGUUAAUGGCGGUGUUGUCAAUCUCAAAUGUACCCCCGAGGAUUUUGUCACCCAGCUCCAUAUAAAACCCGAUCCCAACUAUAGUGAUGGAGAUGAAUCGGAUUUAGAAGUAGCUUAAACAAAAACACUAUUCAAAAUUUAAAGAAAAAAAAGAAGAAACCAUCAACAAGACAUGAAC